GGCUGGACACCGCUUCAUCUGGCAUGCCGAAGCGGCCACACCAAAGUCGCAGGUCUGCUCCUUGAGCUCAAUGUCAAUGUCAACUGUUAUAGCCAGUUUGGUGAGACGCCGCUGCAUAUGGCAAGUCAGGGGGGCCAUUGCAGCGUCAUUGAUCUGCUACUUCAACGCAAAGCUGACGUAGAGGCCACAGACAGAGUGCGUGAAACGCCACUGCACUGGGCUUGCCAGCAUGCAAGGAAUGCUGAAACCAUCGAACUGUUGCUGCGCAACCACGCGAAUGUGGACCAAGAGAACAAG